AUGAGGGCAUACGCGUUGCUUAAGAGGCCGGGUCUUCAAAAAUAUCAAUUGGAGGUCGACCCAGCCGCCACUCAGGGUGCAACGAUGGCCAUGGCGUCAUCGAUGUGGAUGGCAAACAUGACCAGAGGCGACGAAACUAUGGCAGACGGCAGCAUGUCUCUGAUGAGAGAGAUGCAGCGUGACGUGAUCAAACACGACCACAAAAAGAGGAAAGCCCACGUGAAGUUUUCUACGCUCCUGGGUUUCAAACAGGACGAUAAGAUAAAGGUGACCGAUACUUCGCUGGAGUCGUUCACACAAGAAUAUCAAGACGUCAAGACCUAUUAUUCGCAGCAGGCAGGACAGUCUGAAUUGCAUCAGGCUGUUCGCGACCUCUGCGACGAGGUGAUCUUCAUCACCAAGAUGGUACGGCGUAGGCUACAUUUAGUUUAAGUGUAAAUAACCUUAUUUAAUUUUAAGUUACAAUGCUUUCACAGAGUACAGUUUUUUCACCUCUAGGGUAACAUUAGACUUCAGCCUUCCUUCCAUCCAAACAAUCAAACAAGCGCAGGUCUACGAAUCGGCGGUCUCUGCAUAUGCAAAGUCUCUAUCCAAGCUGACAGUGGAAGAACGCAAGUCCCUGGAGGAACUCACCAAAAAGCGGGUGCUGCAGACCAUCAGGGAGACUUUCCGACCAAUCACGCACGAAAGCGUAACUUCGGAGCAGUCCAGGGUGUUCAAGAUGUUGCUCACGGCACAUUACGAACCUAAGAUGAUCAGAGGAGACUCGAGCAACUCAGUAGUAACGCUAGCAAUUGGUGGAGGGAGUAGUAGUGACGAUUGGCCCUUGAAGCGUCUGAGUUUGGGCGCAGACGCUGACGAGCUUGCUACGAAGAGAGCAAGAAAACUACAGUCGGAAGCCGACAAAGCCAAGGCGGAAUUGAACAAGAUGAAGCAGAAUUUAGGUGGGCAAGUUCUUAGUGGCAACAACGGGGACAAUCCUACUAGAACUUCAAAUGGUGGCAAGAACAGGCUGAAGGAGGCGACGAAGGAAGAGGUGGGGGCUUUCGUUGUUUCCAGGGCAGGCAUCCUCAUCAAAGAGCAUUUUGAUCCGAUUGUCAAAGACAAAUCAGCGGACAGGAAGAAGAAGCAGGAGGCUAUCACAAAGGGAAUGCAGAUCGAUCGUGACGGCACGUUUUUCCUGUGGGGUCACGUGUACAAAGCGUGUCGCAACUGCUGGCUCGAGGGUAAGUGGGUGACCACACACCUUUACCAGCAGUGCCAGGUGUUGGGAAGCAAGUUCUUUGGAAUUUGUUCCAAUUGCUUAGGCGAGCGCGAAGAAUGGCCGACACACUGUGUCGAGGUCAAGGGUGACAUGCGCGCAAUGCGACGAACAUCGAAAGGAAAAGGCAAGCGCAACUAG